AUUCAAAAGUUACACAUAGAGUAGCUGACUUGGAUUUAACAUAAAGCCCGUGCUCUAGUCACUACAACAAAUUGUUUGAGAAACUAAUAUCCCUAUCAGGAUGUCUUCUUAACUCUCUUCACUAUUUUAUUAACAGGCAUUAUUUCCUCAAAAGAGAGAGAGAGAGAGAGAGAGAAAGCUCUAGGGAAUGAAAGAGAAGAUAGAGGAGAAUCUCAAAUGGUGAUAAUUUUUUCAACCUCAUCUAUACCUCAACUUUGAGACACUCUGUAAUAUUUGAGAAUUAACAGAGAGGAAACAAGAUAGAAGUAGGAAACUACCAAAGACUAUUUAUUUAAAAAUAUUCUUUGCCCAUGGAAUCCAGCUAAAAGACUCAGUUACUAAAAUAUCCCACAAGCCAGCUGCUUUCAAAAAGACCUCUACCACUAGCACAAGAUGGAGCCAUUGGCAUAUUAUGAUCAAAAAUUUGUGCCAUUAGAACACUCUUACCAACCGGCCGCAACCAAUUCAUUGACACAUCAAUACACAGGUGAAAAACUAAAUCAACCCAAUAAGCUGCCUGUAGGCAGAGUGCAAUCCCAUAGUAAUCACCUUGCAGCACCUCCAGUUAACUCUAAGAAGUUGGUGCAGAGCUGCGCAGUAUUGCCCUCUGCCAAGUCUCAGGACACAAUUUCACAGGGUUUCUAUAACAAGGCUCCAAAAGCACCAUUAUCCCAAUCCAAACGUCAGGACACACCUGCACUAGACCCCCACCAGAGAACUUCACUGCGGCCUAAUCAGAGAGCCUUGAGCUCACCUUUGAUCCACCAUAAAUCCCAGGCAACACCUUCACUUGAUCUUAAUAAGACAUCUUCAUCACUGGAGUCCAGUCAAACAAACUUGAGCUCACGAUUACCCCUCCCCAAACCUCAGACUACAUCUUCCCGAGACUUUUGCUGGACAUCACCUUCACAGAAGUCUAAUCAAAGAGUCUCAAGUUCAUCAUUAUUUCCCCCCAAACAUCAAGAAACACCUUCCCUAGAUGUCCUCUGGAAAUCAUCUUCUUUGGGACCUAAUCAAAGAGUGCUUGGCGCAGCAUUACCACAGUCCAAGCCUCAGAAAAUAUCUUCAUUGGAUGGCCUUUGGACAUCUUUAUUAGAGCGCAAUCGAAGAUCUUUGAGCUCACCAUCACUCAACUCUACAUCUCAAAUACAUGAUUUGCUUCAGUCAUCAUGUUCAUUGGAAUCCAAUCAAAUGGCUCUGAGCUCACCAUUAUCUGACUCCAAACCUCAGACAACAGCUGCAUUGAGCUCUAAUUCCAUUGUUCUGAGCUUACCAUUGUCCCAUUCAAAACCAAGGAAAUCACCUUUAGCACAUUCUGUCCACCAGACUAAGAGUUUGCCAUUGUUCCCACCUAAAUCUCAGACAGUGCGUACACUUAAUCGGGACUUCAGGACCCUCAGCUCACCGGUUUGUCACUCCAAGUUUCAGAAUACCUCUUCACCAAAUGACAAAUACAGAGCCACAGAUUUAUCUUCACCCCAGUAUAAACCAAAUGUCUCAGGUCAAUCAUUGUCAAGCUCUAAACACUUUAUCAGGAGCAUAGCUGCUUCAACAUUGGGCUCCAGAUUCCAGAAUAAAGGCAGCUUUGAUCUUUGUGCAAAGACAGCAUCAAAUAAAGAAAUAUCAUGGAAUUUAGAUUAUAUUCAUCCCUGCAUUGUUAAAGGUGGAAGUGUCCCUGAUGAUGUUGUAAAUAAAAUUGUCAAUUCCCUCUCCAAGACCAGAAUCCAGAGGGAUCUCUGUAGGCAGAUUCUCUUUCGAAGAAUGAGGGGAAGGCCAAAUCCUCAUCCUGGUCCCCGACUUUCAUCAAAUUAUAUAGUAUGUUUAGCUUGUGCUUCCUGCAUAAAAUCUCAAUGUAACCAUCUUACGGGAAGGAAAGAUCCUCAUGGUGCAACGCUAUUUGUCAUCCCAACACCUGAGCUCAGUUCUGAGAGGGGAAUAGAAGUGAAAUUAGUUUUUCUCCUCUCCAUACCAAAGACUUCUCCCUCAUCUGGUCUUCCAUCCUCGGUGAAAGAAAAUCAGCCUGAUGAAAUCCCUGAAGACAACUUUGAAGGAAUGGAAAAGAUACAAAUUCUCUCUACAUCUGAACCUGAUAUCACCCAGGAGCUAAAUAGGAAGAACAAAGGGCUGACAGCAGCCUCUGAAGACAGAGUUGUAAGCCAACAACCCCAGGCUAUUGACUGGCUACUUUAUGUGAAGAAAAGUAAUAAUUUUGAGCCGCAGUCCCUGCCUACAUCCUCUUCAUCCUCUACAUCCUCCUCCUCCUCUUCAUCAUCUUUCUCCUCCUCUUCUUCUUCAACUGUGCCCUCUUUACCCCCUCCUUCCAAAGAGUCUACCACAUCUACUCUCUCAGGUUGUGUGUUCACUAAGGUGCUUAGUUACCACCGAUUGCCUCCAGGGGUCUCCUGGCUUGAGUUUAUAUGUAGUAAAAAUCAUCAGCCACUUACUGGGAAACCACAGCAAAACCAAUCACCAUCUCCCAGAACAAGGCCUAUGAGGAAUAGCACCACAGUAAAAGGGCCAAAGGGACCAAAGAUGCUGUUCAAAUUUUUUUCAGACAAAGUUUCAAAAUGAGAGAAAUAUUGAUUAAAUUAACUUUUGUUUCUUUGAAAGCAAUUGACCUCUUAGUUCUUUGAAACUAGAGAUUGAUUUCUUAUCAUGCUUAUUAAAAUUCUUAGUAAUAAUUAAGUGUGAUUGUAUAUUUUAGCUGACGAAGCACCUAGUUAAGGGGAACUAAUACUCUUAAGUCUAUUUUCUAGUUAAAUAAUAGACUGUGAUCUCCUAGGAGACAAAACUGAAUCCCAGGUUUUUAACCAAAUGCCCGGCUUAUAGUAGCCACUGUAUAAUCAUUGUUACACGAAUUAAUCAUAAUUGGCCAUAAACCAGAAAGACCUCAUUUGUCUUGCCCUGAACAGUAUCUAGCUCAUUGUUAUUCUCUUUCCUCAUAGAAUAUGCUAAUGACAGUAUCCAUGAGCCAAUUCAUGCUAAUCUGUUUCCCUAUCUCUAAAGAAAAUUCAGAUCAUGUUCAAUAGAUAAGAAUGUAUAUGGAGAGGAAUGUUUUCUCUAGUUAUGAUAAUCUCUUUCUAGUUAUGUGUUCCUAGGGAAAAUUCUUCUAUGCUAAGAUCCUACACUCUGAAAUCCAGCGAUCUGUUCAACCUUAGUUAACAAAUCUCAGGAGAGAAUAACUAACUGGUACAAACAACUUUACCUAUUGUCUGGGCCAAUAUUUAAAUUAUAGGUUCUAAAGCCUGUUCAUCACUUCUAUCUAUACAUCCAAAAUGGGUUAAUAAAAAUGUUUUAAAAAUG